CAAUGUACGCACAAUGCAGGCACAGGAAACCGUAAAAGCAUUUGGAUUUUCUGUUGCAUUUGAAAUAUUUGAUUAUUUGUUAAUUCGGAGGGUGAGAAAUGGAUGAUGAUUUUGAGUUUCCAGCAACAAACACCAACAUGGAGGAGGAAGAAAGGGAUAUGGAUAUGGAGGAGGAGACUAUGAGUCCAAUUCUCAAGGUUGGUGAAGAGAAGGAGAUCACCAACACUGGACUCAAGAAGAAACUCCUCAAGGAAGGUGAAGGCUGGGAGACUCCUGGCUCCGGUGAUGAAGUGGAAGUGCAUUAUAUUGGGACUUUGCUUGAUGGAACCCAGUUUGACUCCAGCCGUGAUCGUGGUACACCUUUCAAGUUCAAGCUGGGUCAAGGACAAGUGAUCAAGGGAUGGGAUGAAGGUAUCAAAACUAUGAAGAAGGGUGAAAACGCAAUAUUCACCAUACCUCCUCAAUUGGCUUAUGGUGAAUCUGGUUCUCCUCCAACUAUUCCUCCUAAUGCAACUCUCCAGUUUGAUGUUGAAUUGUUGUCUUGGACAAGCGUUAAGGAUAUUUGCAAAGAUGGAGGAAUCUUUAAGAAAAUACUAGUGGAGGGGGAGAAAUGGGAGAUUCCUAAAGACCUUGAUGAAGUUCUCGUUAAGUAUGAGGCUCGGUUAGAAGAUGGCACGCUGGUCUCCAGAUCUGAUGGGGUAGAAUUCACUGUUGAAGAGGGAUAUUUCUGCCCUGCCUUGGCAAAAGCAGUCAAAACAAUGAAGAAAGGGGAGAAAGUGCUAUUGACGGUAAAACCAAAAUAUGGUUUUGGGGAGACGGGCAGACCCGCUAUAGGUGAUGAAGGAGCAGUUCCUCCAAAUGCUGCCCUCCAGAUAAAUCUGGAGUUGGUCUCUUGGAAAACUGUUUCUGAUAUUACCAAAGACAAAAAGGUGCUGAAAAAGAUCCUUAAGGAGGGAGAGGGAUAUGAAAGACCCAAUGAUGGUGCAGUGGUACAAGUGAAAAUAAUUGGGAAGCUGUAUGAUGGUACUAUCUUUGUAAAGAAGGGUCAUGAUGAGGAGCAGCCAUAUGAAUUCAAAAUAGAUGAGGAACAAGUUGUUGAUGGACUUGAUAGAGCUGUUAAGGGAAUGAAGAAAGGAGAAGUUGCACUCAUUACAGUUCAACCAGAAUACGGGUUUGGUGCGUCUGAUUCACAGCAAGAACUAGCUAUUGUUCCUGCCAACUCAACUUUAUACUACGAAGUUGAGAUGGUUUCUUUUUUCAAGGAGAAAGAAUCUUGGGACAUGAACACUCAGGAGAAGAUUGAAGCCACUGGGAAGAAGAAGGAAGAGGGAAAUGCAUUGUUCAAGGCUGGUAAAUAUGAUAGAGCUUCCAAGAGAUAUGACAAGGCUGUGAAAUUCAUCGAGUAUGACUCUUCUUUCACCGAUGAGGAGAAGCAGAAGACCAAGGUGCUGAAAAUUACCUGCAACCUGAACAAUGCUGCUUGCAAGCUCAAACUUAAAGAGUAUAAGCAGGCAGAGAAGUUGUGCACUAAGGUGUUAGAAAUUGACAGUAGGAAUGUUAAAGCUCUGUAUAGGAGAGCCCAAGCAUAUAUUCAACUUGCUGAUUUGGAUUUGGCUGAAUUGGAUAUUAAAAAAGCACUCGAGAUUGACCCUAACAAUAGGGAUGUGAAACUGGAGUACAAGCUAUUGAAGGAGAAAGUGAGGGAGUACAAUAAGAAGGAUGCACAAUUUUAUGCCAACAUAUUUGCGAAGAUGAUAAAGUUAGAUCAAUCAAAAUCAGCGAGAGUUGCAGCGAAGCCAGAGGCAGCAUCAAUGGCCAUUGAUAGCAAAGCAUGAUACUUCCUAAACUCUAAACAUCAGUUUGUGGUUGUCAUGUUAAA